AUCAGCCCCGGCAUCUCCCCGGCUCCCGGCGUCGUCCCGGGGUCCCGCCGCGCACCGCUCGGCCGCCAUGCCACGGCUGGAAGUGGACCGGGCCUUUCCCCGCUCGGCGCGGGGCGCGCUGAAGAUCGCCCGCACGCUGCUGGCGCUGGCCGCCCUCCUCUGCUUCGUGGCCUCGGGCGCGCACAGGGCCUACACGGCGCUGGCCGGCAUGGAGACGGUGAUCACCGCCCUGUUCCUGCUGAUUUACCUGCUGAGGCUCGACGCGUGGAUGCGGUGCCUCUUCUGGCCGCUGGCUGAUAUUUUCAACUCGGUGAUUGCAGCGUUGUUCCUCCUCGUUGUGUGCUUGUUUGCAAUAACAAUCAAGACCAACAAGGGGACAUUGGCUGGAGGAGUAAGUAGGAACAUUGUUAAUGAAUUUCAGUUCUUAGAGUUCAGCGAUUUGAACCUCUUGGUACACAUUGUGGUAGGACCAUGCAAACAACUGUCUUGGAAGAACAGUCUCAGCAGUAGCAAACAACAUACAUUCAGAGUAUCUCACUAAAAGAAAAUAAUCCUCACAUCACUAGUAAUCUAAAGGUGUUACAAGACUUAGGAAUUACUGCAGAGAAAUAUUGAAACACUGAAAAUUUCUAGAGUUUUUUUAGUAACCUACAUUUGCUACCAUAGCUUGAAAUCCUAGGUGGGAGAAUCCCUAGCACUUUUAGGACUACCCAGUAUGGUUACUACUUGAGAAAAAAUGCCAACUGUCCUAAAAAGAGUUGAAUCUUUUUAACAGACAUGCUGGUACCUCCCUCCUGGCAUGUACAUUGUUUUUUCUUACACAACCUGAGGAAUUAUGUCAGUUAAAAAGGGGUUUUGUUCAUACUAUGAUUAUAAGAACUUCGUGUUCUUAAGAUGAAAUCAGUUUAAUAGUGUAAGUAUCUGGUAUUUUUAUUUCAAAUGUCAAUUAAUAUACUUAACCUUAAAAAACAAUAAGGAGGGGAGGAAAACCCCUCCAUUUUGUAAGUCUCUAGAAAUACAAGAUAAGCUAAAAUGUGACAAGCAACCAAGAGAAACCUAAAACCUGCUACAGAGCUCUUUCAAACAAAAAGGAGACUUUCUGAUAGAGUGAAUGUGCUGGAAUAUAAUUUAUAUUCUCAGUUGUGAAGUUCACAGAAAUUAAAGGUGGGAGCAGGUAGCUGGGAACAUAAGUUUGGGUGGAACAUGUGACAUCUUCAGUUCUGGGAGGGACAGAAUCACCCCCAGCCUGUUCUCCUGAGGCACAAACUGCCUGACCUGUGCUCUCCCAACAGCUCUCCUGAAAAUAACUCCCCUCAUCAGAUAAUUCAGUGCUUUCAUAAAAAACCCCAGUGUGCAUGUGGGAUGGGGCUGAAGGGCAGGAGCUGAGUGAGUUAACUCAGUGGCUUCUCUGCAAAGACAUUUUUCUAGUUACUUGCCUGAGGUUGUCUUAUUUUUAAAAUAAUUUAGUACAUUUUCUUCAAUUUGGAAUAUGUUUCCCAUUCAGAACUUCAGAGGAAAAGAGCAUUUUCCUGCUGGGCUUGUUUCUAGGAAUACUUUUCCCUUUGAGUUUUCUCAAGGCCAGUCCCAUUAAUUAAGCAACCCUUAAAGGGACAGAAGGGCUUUCAUUUAAGACAAAAAGCAUUGACUGGCAUAAUGCAGCAUUAGCUUAGCUUUCAGGGAGAGCACCACACUACCUCCAAGGCCUGACACAAACAUCAAACAGAGCAGGCUGUAGACAGCUCUCUGAAAGGCUGAUGGGAUGUAAAUGUGGGUUAUUUAAUUUAUCAGCUGUUUCAUAUCACAUACAUUUUCAAGGCCAGAACCAAGUUAGGAAAAUGUGUUUACUGAUGAGUCACUACAGUAAAAGUUCGAGACUGAUUGGGGGAACUAAUUUUAUGGUAAUUUUUAUAGGUGUUGGGUCUUAUGUUGCUUGUUCUCUGCAUUGUCGACGUGGUUCUUCUUUACAAGAAGAUUAGCCUUGAUAAAGCAAGAGGAAGGAGUGCUCCUGCCAAAUAAGAAUGACAUGUUAGUGAAAGCAUGAAUUCUCCAUUCUGUUUUCCCACUCUCUUUUAAAGCAUUUGUAUUUUUGCAUGCUCAAUUUUGGAUUUCCUGUGCACUGAUAUUUCUGCAAGUAUCAUCCAUAAGGUUUUGUACUUUUCCAAAUGCAGUUUGAGCAUUGCAAUUUCACCAGUUAAAGCUUCAGUGAAAAUUGUCAUGUUUUUCUAAACUUACUUCUGUUUUUACUGUUAGAAAAAUUAUUUUCAUGGUUGUCUUCUUUCUCUAAUAAAAAGAAAAUACAAACCGG